AUGAGCGACAGCUCGUGGAAUAAUCAAACGGAUAUGGCAGAUAUUUGUUAUCGCAGGGAUGCGAUACCAGUCACGGCAAUUACGGUUACGUUGAUAAUGAUAAAAGCACCGAUGACAACAAAUAUUCCAAGAAAAUGUGAUACUGUCCUCUUGAGAUGGUUCAAUCCAAGUCGGACAGGACAGGAUUCAAUCCAAGGACAACAAAUCCAAGAAGUCGGACAGGAUUUAGAGGAUUAA